AUGUGCGGAGCAGCCAAUCGCAUGAACAUCAUCCGGGCAAACUGUUCCGGCAAACCCGUUCCCACAGGCCAUGCGUGCCUGUCUGCGGCGACGAGGGAGUUGCCGUUGUGCAACACGAGUCUAUCCAUCGGUGCCCGCCUCGACGACCUCAUUGGACGCCUCAGCCUUCAGGAGAAGGCCGGUCUCAUUGGCCCCGAUCCCGUCACCAGUCCAUGCGCCUUCCUCGACUAUGGCGUCAAGAGGCUUGACAUCCCGCCGUAUCUGCAUCUGGUGGAGACGAACACGGCCGUUGCCUCUGGGUGCAUCAGACAGCCAGGACAAGUGUGCCACCACCUUCAUUGGCCCCACAGGUCUUGGCCCAGCCUUCAACCGAGGAUGCGCGCCUUCAACAAUCUCAACUGGCACAGAGGUGGCGGUGUCUUGCAGAAGAUGGGACUCACAGACCCCUUCUUGAGCGGCGAGUACGCUGCUGCAUACGCGACGGGCUGCCAGGACGGCCCAGACAAGAAGUACAAGAAAAUGGCAGCAGGUACGAACACGCAUCCACACUCACACAUGUACAACGGCAUGGCAUUCAACGGGAACAUCUCCACCUUUGACCUCUGGGACACCGAGGUGUCACGGGCACUCGCUGCCAUGUGCUCGUACGCCAGCAUCAACGGCGUGCCCUCUCCGUGCGCAAACGACAUGCUGUUCAACGACGUCGUGCGCAGGCAGUGGAAGCGUGACAUGGCGCUGAACCGCGGCGCGGACAUGAAGCUCGGGGAGACAUACUGCACCACAAACAGCCACUUGGAACAGGAUGUGCAGCAAGACCGCACAACAAUCGACACGGUGCACAACGCCGCAUCGAUGAGUGCACGGCCUGCAGACCCAAGCCUCACCUCCAGUAACGGCCGCUGCAUCAGCAAGUGCCCCGAUGGCGAGUAUGAGCUCGGCCAACGGUCGUGCAUUGCUCAUUGCCCUCUCGACUGGCUACUACGCCAAGGACCACCGCUGCGUGCCAUGCACCACGUGUGGCAUGGCCACCUGGGCCUCCACCCCAUGCUCCGCAUCCUCCGACGCUGUCUGUUUUCCCCCUGGACCGAGUGCAAGCCAGGCCAGAAGGAGUCAGUCUCUGGCAACGCCUACCAACCUCUGCCGGACCGCGCCUCGUGCUUCCCCACCAGCGUGUGCGAGGAGCCCUUGAUCGAGACCAUCCCGCCCACGCUCACCACAGACCGCCUCUGCUCCUGCGACACACUCACCUGCAACAACCUCAUCACGCAGCUGUUUGAGGAGAUGGUGUGCGCCGAGCCCACGGACGAGUCGUUCGACGUGGUGCUUGACGUGUGCUGCUCCGGCCAGGGCGAGGAUGGCAUCCGCAACACCAUUCGCCAGAUGGACGCCUACGAGGCAGGCCGCUCCUGCCCAGGCUGCACAGACACCUGCGAGUGCAGCGCUGGCUUCAUCCUCGUCUACGACGCCGAUUCGGCCGGCUGUCGGCCAUGCAACGGCGUGACGGAGUUCUCCCCAUCCAUUGGCGGCAGCAAGUGCGAGCCCAUUCAGGACCGCUGCUCCUUGGACCGCGUGUGCCGCGACUGCCCGGCCUGCACCAUCGACUCGGACAGCGACGGCUCCACGGGUUGCCACAUGUGUCCCUCUCGCCACUACACGGAGGCGGGCUCCCACGGCUCCGCGCGGGUACCCACCACCAUCGACAGCGACCCCACCCCGCCACCCCGUGCAACGACGUCACAGACUGCGCGCCCGGCGACCGCGUCUGCGACGAGUGCCCGGAGGGCACGUACAAGGCUGUCUGGCCAGGGCGUGCCCUGUCUCCCCGUCACCACGUGCGACGCCGGCGAGGAGGAGACAGCUGAGCCCACCCCCACGAGCGACCGCGUGUGCAGCCAGUGCGAGCUUGGCGCCACCUUCAAGCCCUGCGGUCCGGAUGAGGAAGAGAUUCGCUUUGCGAGCCCACGCGCCAGCACAACCGCCUCUGCCGCAAGUGCGUCCAGGACACUUGCGUGCCCGUGUCGCGUUGUGCUGCCUCGGGGGCGCCCACGCUCGACUCCGACUGCGAGUGCACGGCCGGAGGUGGUCGGGGCGCUGGUGGCGCACAUUGGCACGGGGCAGGCACAGGAGGUGGACGCAGCCACGCCUGUGCUGCUGCUGUCGCUGGCCACAGACGACCCGAAGCUGCUGCACCCGUUUGCGCUCAUGUUGAACGGCACCCUGGACUGCCUGAGCACCCUGCACUUCAUCCACAUUCUGCAGCUCUUCUGUGUCCUGACCACGCUCAUGUUUGACCGCCAGCGCACCGCCGCCGCAGGCCUCAUUCACGCCGAGAACGAGGAUGGUCUGUCUCAAUCGAACGAAGAGCUGAAAUGCAUCGGCACCAUCGCUGCCACCACCGUCACCCACACCUGGCUCGCUCUUGCCAACGCCGCAGACAUCUCCAUCGACGGUGCGUUUGUCUCCAACAGCUACCAAGAGCAAGCACAUCUAUCGGGAUGCGUGAACGGGGAUGGCGGACUCACCAUCGACCCACCGCCGCCACAGCCGUAUGGGUUCAGGUCGCUCGCCGACCCCGGCAGGCACGUGUGCGCCGGGAUCCCCAAGCGCACGUUCCAGCACAACAACUCCCUCAACACGAUUGUGCGAGAAGACGCUGCAGGCGCCGUUCGAGACGAAGCUGCAGCUGCCGUCGGGGAUUGCCGCCGUGUUCGCGGGCACAGUGCGCAGAAAGACCGACGUGGAGACAAGACUGCGGAAGCACGCUGCCGGAACGCAGACCUCUUCACGUUCCUGAUGUCGCUGCAGCCCUUUGUAUGGUGGGACCUGUCGCUGGGGACGGGCGACCUGAACCCGGAGGAGGAGACGGUGGAGGAGGUGCAGCACGAGAGUUGGGCGCAUCCACGCGCUCACACCGGCGUUCCCGAUGGGCGUGGGCCUGCGGCGACAACGUGCUGUUCCGCACGGUCGGGGACGGACAGCGAGUACAUUCUGGCGACCCAGCCCUUCGACAAGGCCGCUGGGUGCCGUGCACACUGA